UCAGUGAAGAUGAAGAGUUUAGUUUGUAUACUGCUGCUGCUGGAAUCCUUUGUGUUUGCCGUACAGCAGAAGGUAGAUGGAGGACUCGGUGAGAAUGAGAUCAGUCAACAGCUCAGCUCAGAAGACAGAAGACAGAGCCCACCUCAAACUGACACUGUGAGAGAUGAAACUUCAACUGACUGUCAACAAAACUGCCAUCUGUGCUUCCCUGACAUCCAUGCAGCACUGAGAGAACUGACCGCCAUUGUUACAGAGCAGAAAGCAAACAUCAGAGCUUUGGAGAUGCAACUAAAGGAAGAGCUGAACAAGAAAUAUGACGAAAUUUCAAAUCUUACUCUGAGUCAAGUGGAGCAGUUCAGGAAGGAAAAUACAGACAGACAGAUAGCUUUUUCAGCUGCACUGAUGCAAUCUGGCAGUGGACAUACUGGUCCUUUUACCACUGAUAUCACACUAACCUACAGGAAUGUCUUCACAAACAUAGGGAAUGCCUACAACUCAUUUACAGGUAUUUUCACAGCCCCACUGAAAGGAGCAUACAUGUUCAGAGUCUCUGUCUAUGCUGCUGGUAGUCCGUCAACUGCAUCAGCUAUCUCUAUUAUUAAGAAUGGAGAGCAUGUGGUUAUGGCAUAUGGUCAUCAGGCUGGAUAUGUUGUAAACUCCUCGAAUGGAGUCGUGUUGCUACUGGAGGUUGGAGAUGUUGUCUAUGUGGGACUUGGGUCUGGCAGGUGGAUAUAUGAUAGCCAGAAUAACCACAGCACUUUCAGUGGUUAUCUACUGUUUCCCUUAUAGAAAAUGAGCUUUGCAGAAUGUGAUACCAAUAAUUCUGAAAAAUCAUGAAUAAUAAAUAACAUAAUAUGAUCAUAUUAUGAACCUGUAUACAUGAAGACUAAUGUGUGUAUGAAAU